UUCAAAUGGUUCACUACACUACUUUACAACAACUAUAGUUGAACUUCGAACGGAGCUUAAUUCAAACUUCAGACAAUGAUGGAAUUUUAAGAUAUGCGGCCACAGAUAAACCACAAAUCCAAUGUUUUGGAUAUCAAAUCGGAACUUUUUGACCUCUUACGACAACGAAAAAGCCUGACAGAGACACUGGAGGCAUUAGAACGUCAAAUAUAUCUGUUUGAAGGCAGCUAUCUUGAUGACACGGCUCCUUAUGGGAACAUUAUCAAGGGCUGGGAUAGAUAUUUGAUGGCCAGCUCGAACUCUUUGGUCACUGGUAACUCCAACUUGUCAUUUUCCAGGACUGUUGGGGAUAAACGCGCUCGGAAAUUCCGAGAUUCCGAUCGUCUUUUCUCAAGGUCUUCAGUCACGUCAGUUUCAUCUUUAAAUUCACAGAAUGAAAAUAAUUCAGGAGUUCCUCCCAAUCUACCUCCAGUCAACCAGCUUAUUUCAGGACACUACAAACCUUCUCCUAAUUUCAUGUCCAAUGGGUUUUCAGGAAAUCAGUUCUCCCAAAUUGGCAAGAGUUUUUCAGGUUUCAGCAACGCAUCACAAUCUGGUAAAAAGAAAAAAUCUAGACAGCGAUAAACUCUACUGAAAUGACUCAUAAAUUGGUUUCAGAAAUCUAUGAUAUGGACAGAUGGAUAACAGUACUGCAAAACUAUAUGGAUUCCUCUGCUUUUUUGAGUCACUCAAAAAUUACAUUGCUAGUAUUCUUUUGUUUGAUUACAUUAUGUAAAAGUGUCUCAUCAACAUUGAUAUCUUUCUAACCUUUAUAGUCAACUAAUAUACGUCGAACCACUA